UUAUGGGAUAAAUUGAUUCAUAAAAAGAUUCUUUUUCUUCUUCCACACACAGUUAGGUGAAAGAAGUGAGUAUUAGCAACUGUAUUGAAAUAGGCUAUUCACAAUAAUAUGCAACAACUACAAGAAUGUCACAAAAUUACAAAAGCUUCAAGUGGACAAGCCGUUGCACUUUCUUGCUAUGGUCCUGAAGACCUGAAUCUGUGCAAAACUUUGCCCAGAAAAGUAGUAAUGAUAAUUGAGCCAACACCUUUUACUCACAUUUCAGGAUACUCCAACCGUUUUCGAGAAACUUUGAAAUAUCUAAAACAAGCAGGAGAUGAAGUGCUUAUUAUUGUCCCCGACAACUCUUUCGAUGCACCUCAAGAAAUUUAUGGAUUUCCUAUCAUCUCUAUUCGAGGCUUUCGUUUCUUUUUGUAUCCCAAAAUAACUUUAUCUUUUGGUUUGUUUGGAGGAAUAUUUUCAGCGCUUCGACGCUUUAGACCAGACAUUGUGCACGUUUCCACUCCGGGGUUUAUUUCCUUUGCAGUAUUGUUUUAUGUUUGGUUACUCCGAAUUCCGCUGCUUUUUUCUUAUCAUACACACCUUCCAGUUUAUGCACGUACUUAUGGUUUGGGACUUUUAGAACGAUUCUCUUGGAGACUGAUUUCCUUUGUACAUAACAAGGCCGACCUAUCUAUUACAGUAUCUCCUCAACUUUGUCAAGAACUGGCUGACCACGGAAUAAAGCAUAUUGACUGUUGGAGAAAGGCAGUUGAUACCGAAACUUUUCAUCCGCACUUUCGAAAUGAAGCUAUGAGACUUCGUUUAACGGAUGACCAUCCAGACUGUGUAUUACUGAUUUAUGUGGGAAGAUUGGGUGCUGAAAAGAAUUUAACUUGUCUCAGAACUGUGAUAGAAACUAUUCCUAAUGUUCGUUUAGCGCUGAUUGGAGAUGGACCUUUUGCAAAGUAUUUGAGAAAAUAUUUUGCUGGUACGCGUACGCAUUUUACUGGACAACUCAGAGGAAAGGAGCUAUCGGAAGCUUUUGCUUGUGGUGAUGUAUUUGUGAUGCCUUCAGAGUCGGAAACGAUGGGAUUUGUAGUCAUGGAAGCAAUGGCAAGUGGAGUUCCAGUUGUAGGUGCAGCAGCCGGAGGUAUUCCUCAUCUCAUUCAACAUCAAGUGACAGGUUAUUUAUAUAAUCCUGGUAAUAUAGACCAAUUGAUUGGUUUAGUGAAACAGUUGGUGGAUAAUCCUUGGUUACGAAAGGACAUGUCGAUUCAAGCCAGAAAAGAGACUGAGAGAUGGGAUUGGUAUUCUGCUACAGCCGUUUUAAGAAAUGUACAAUAUGCUCAAGCCAUUGAAAACUUUCAACAAAGCAAAAGAAGAAGAAUAUGGAAUAAGAUACAAAAGAUAUUAUUUUGGUGGAGAAGAUAGUUGAGAGUAUACUUGAAAAUAUUU